AUGACGAGGGUAAGUCCAGAGUGCAGGGAUCAAGAGCAGGAAGUUCUUCCAGUGUCAGUCAAUGUGAGCUUUGUGUCUAAUCAAUUUCCAAAAUAUAAAUUAGGACCGGAUAAUGAGAUUUUAGACGAGGUGAAGGAGGAUUUUAAGGGCCCAUCCCUAAAGGAGGUGGUUGUUGAAGAAACGAACCAGCUAACAGAGCAGCACAAGAGGCUUUCAGUUCGCGACUUGGCGAGCAAAUUCGACAAGAAUUUAUCUGCUGCUGCAAAAUUGUCUGAAGAGGCUAAACUGAGAGAGGUGCCUUCGUUGGAGGGACAUGUUCUUCUGAAGAAGCUUAGGGAUGCAUUGGAAUGUUUGAAAGGACGACUGGCUGGACGUAACAAAGAAGAUGUGGAAAAAGCUAUUUCUAUGGUCGAAGCUUUAGCAGUGAAGUUGACUCAAAAAGAAGGAGAGCUAAUUCAAGAGAAGUUUGAAGUAAAAAAGUUGGCCAACUUUCUCAAGCAGGCUUCCGAAGAUGCAAAAAAAUUGGUUAACCAAGAAAAGUCUUUUGCCUGUGCUGAAAUUGAGAGUGCUAGGGCAGUUGUGCAAAGGAUUGGAGAGGCCCUCGAUGAACAAGAAAAAACCUCUCAAACUUCAGGGAAGCAGGAGAUGGAGGAACUGAUUGAGGAGGUUCAAGAGGCCAGAAGAAUUAAAUUACUGCAUCAGCCCCGGAAGGUGAUGGACAUGGAACAUGAACUUCGAGAACUAAGAAUUCAAAUUAGAGAAAAAUGUAAAAUUUCAUUCGACAUUCGAAAAGAGUUGGCAAUGAGCAAGAUGGCUGAGGAAAACAAAUCCCGAUUGUAUGAGCUAAGUGGUCCCGAAAGAUUAGGUUCAAUUUUACGAAUUCAACCCUGCUUGGAUGAGGCAACAGACCUUUCGAAAUGCUCGAUACAAUGGUAUCGUUUGUCUUCUGAAUGCAGCCGACGGGAGGCUAUUUUAGGUGCAAACAAAUUUGUUUAUGCUCCAGAGCCCAUAGAUGUUGGACGAGUUUUGCAGGCUGAUAUCAUCUCAACUGGCCAAAAAGAAUCAAUCACUACGAAUGGUCCUAUCGAUAAAGCUGCUGAAUUAGGGAACUACGUGGAGACACUUUCCAGGAAAUCAAACUACGAAUUCAGUGUAGUUAUCUCCCAGAUGAAUGGACGGAAUUAUUCAUCGCAUUCAGCACACUUAUUUCAGGUUGGAAAAACGAGGAUGAAGCUUAGUAGAGGAUGGAUCACCAAGGCUAGAGAAUCUUAUUCCAAAUCUAUGCAGUUCUGUGGAUUUAGAGGAGGUGGCAACUCUGCAGCCAAGUCAUUAUUUUGGCAAGCAAGGAAAGGACAAUCUUUUGUGCUAGUUUUCGAAUCUGAGCGAGAACGAAAUGGCGCCCUUAUUCUUGCAAGGAAAUACGCUCUCGACUGCAACGUUUUUCUUGGUGGACCAGACGACGAUGCUUUACUUUAA